UGCUGACCACUCUGGCGUCAGGCGUGUUGCUCCUCGUCGUGUUGGCGCUGCUCUGUUUCUUCACCUGCAGACUGGCCUCUGGCGUUCUGCCCGUCGGAACACCCCAACGCUUCUGAGCAUGAGCGCCAGCGUUGGCUCGGACAAGCUUUGGACUCCCCUUUCCUUGGGUUGUGGAAUGUGACAGUUGCCUUUGGAGACAAUGGCACAUCGGAAUGUUUGCACCAUGCUGGUGAGGACUCUACUCCUCUGCUCCCUCAUGGCCCUGGGUGUUCAUAGCGUUGGGAAGAAAAAUAUUCCUGACAAAGAGAAGAACCCUGCAUACUGGAACACGUGGGCACAGAGCACGCUGAAGCAAGCCCUGCAGCUCCAGGAGCUCAAUACGAAGGUGGCCAAGAACAUCAUCCUCUUCCUCGGGGACGGAAUGGGGGUUGCGACUGUGACGGCAGCACGGAUCCUCAAAGGCCAGCUGAACGGUCAGAGCGGGGAAGAGUACGAGAUGGAAAUGGACAAAUUCCCCUACGUGGCGCUGUCCAAGACCUACAACACCGAUGCCCAGGUACCAGACAGCGCGGGCACUGCCACGGCCUACCUCUGCGGGGUCAAGGCCAACGAGGGCACUCUGGGGGUCAGCGCAGCUGCCGUGAGGUCACAGUGCAACACCACUGAAGGCAACGAGGUCACCUCCAUCCUCAAAUGGGCCAAAGAUGCAGGAAAGUCGGUGGGCAUUGUCACGACAACGCGCAUCAAUCAUGCCACGCCCAGCGCCGCGUAUGCUCACUGCGUGGACCGAGACUGGUUCUCCGACGGCGAGAUGCCCCAAGAGGCGGUGGAUGCCGGCUGCAAAGACAUUGCCAGACAGCUCUUUGAGAAUAUUCAAGACAUCGAUGUGAUUAUGGGUGGAGGGAGGAAAUACAUGUUCCCCAAGGACACGCCUGAUGUAGAAUACCCCAACGACAAACUGCACAUGGGCACCCGGAAGGAUGGCAGAAAUCUGGUGGACGAGUGGAAAGAGAGGAUGAAAGAGAAGAGGGCCCACUAUGUCUGGAACAAAAAAGAACUUCUUUCGCUCAACCCCAACAAGGUGGAUCACGUUCUCGGUCUGUUUGAACCCUCUGACCUGCCGUACGACCUGGAGAGAAACAAAGAGACGGAUCCGUCGCUAACGGAGCUGGUGGAUGUGGCUCUGAAAAUCCUCAAGAACAACCCGAACGGAUUCUUCCUGCUGGUGGAGGGGGGCCGGAUUGACCAUGGUCACCAUGACGGCAAAGCCAAGCAGGCGCUGCAUGAGACAGUGGAAAUGGACCGCGCCAUUGGCCGGGCAGGCCUUCUGACCAGCGUCCACGACACCCUAACUGUAGUCACGGCGGACCACUCCCAUGUCUUCAGCUUCGGAGGCUAUACACCAAGGGGGAACAACAUAUUUGGAUUGGCUCCAAUGAUGAGUGAUGUUGACCAGAAACCCUUCACGUCCAUCCUGUAUGGGAAUGGCCCAGGAUACAAGCUGAUCAACGGCCUAAGAGAGAACGUCUCCACAGUGGACUACCAGCAAAACAACUACCGGGCGCAGUCGGCUGUGCCCCUGAGCUACGAGACCCACGGCGGGGAGGACGUGGCCAUCUUCUCCAAGGGCCCGCUGGCCCACCUGCUCCACGGCGUGAAGGAGCAGAACUACAUCCCCCACGUCAUGGCCUACGCCGCCUGCGUGGGGCAGAACCGCGAGCACUGCCGCGCGGCCUCCUCGGGGGGGCUGAGGCCCAGCCCCAGCCCCGGGGCCGUGCCCGUCUCCGUGCUAGCCGUGGCACUCACGCUAGCCUGGCUGCGCUGCUGACAGCCCGGUCAGAGAACUCUCAACCGCUGCCCCGCCCUCCCACAUCCUCCCGCCCCCCCUCCUGCGCCGUCUCUGCGGCAGAGAAAACAGGCAUUAGUGUGCACUGUACACCGACUUUCACACAUGCACGCUCGCACGCGACCAUGCACACAUAUACACACACACACACACACACACACAUACACAAUUACAUUUGUACACAGAGUCAUGUGCACAGGCAGUCACCAAUACUCUCUCUCUCUGACACACACACACACACACACACACACACUGAUAUGAACACAUAGGCAUUCACACACACACAAGGGCAGAUGUUGGCCUUCUUAUACACAUAAACACAUAAACACAUAAACACAUAAACAAACACUCACACAUACCAUGUGUGCGUAGGAAUUCACACACAAAACACACACACACACACACACACACACUGUAACCUUUCACUUCUUCUCUACCAUUUAGAUGGAACCACAGUCUCCCUCUAAAUAGAUUUUUAAAUUGUAAACAUUGUAUUCAUUUUUAAAGCAGUUCUGUACAGUUUAUAGACUAAGGGACCAACCCAAGGGCUUUUAAAGGACUUUGUGCAGCCUAUAUGGACAGAAAGAAAGAGAGAGAGAAAAAAAGAAGAGAGAGAAAGAGCACAGGAUAUGACAUUCAAAAAGGUCAGUCAAAAAUACAAUGAAGUGGUUGCAUUUUAUUAAGGCUGGAGAUGGUUUUCAUUGUCACUGUUGUUAUGCAAUGCCAUUUUAUUCUACUAUGUGUCCAGCCAAACUGUGCGAGACUCUGCGGAUCUGUGAACUCUGUCCUGCUCUCCAGGACAAUGCCGUAAAUUUCCACAGGAAAAUGAGUAGCCAAAGCACACAUGGUUCCAGUGACUUCACUGGCAAUAGAUCACUUAAGUCAAAGCAAGAGACAGCCAUCUGUGUCUUGUUUUUUUUUAAUUUUUUUUAGAUUAAUACGGAAUAGGCUACUAAUUAAUUAGGUCGUUAAAGACAAUGAUUCAGUCCACUUCAUCAAAUGCCACAAGUGACUAAAGGAGACUGAACCAACCCACCCUGAGGUUUAUUCAGAGCUAUUGUUCUCUUUUCCUUAUUAUCCUCAAUUGGUCGUUGAAUCAAAAACCAUUUCAUAAGCAUAUUGUGCAUUCCAAAUUCAUCUGGCCUUCCUUUUGCAAAGCUCCAGUUCACGUGUUUGAAAUGUGGUCAGAAUAAUCAAGAGGACUAUGCCGGAAAGUAUAGUUUGGAAAGUCACUGUUUUUAAUGAAUGGUUUCAUUUUUCGUCGACCGCAGACAACAUAUGCCAGCAACACAAAUAACAGUAAAUAUUUGUGGGAAAAUGGGUUUCCCUUGCCAAUAAAAACACCAUGUCAGUUUUU